AUGCUCGCUGGAGUGGGGGCCAUGGAUGUGCAGGGGGCCAAGGCCCUUCUCACCUCCUCCUCCCCUGCCUGCUCAUCCUGGAUUCUUUCUGCCCCUCUCACCCCCGGAUGGACAUGCCUGCUGACGGGCAGCGAGCCCCUGACCGUCCUCCCGCUGACCCUGGAGCCCGAGGCGGCCGCCCAGGCGCACUACAAGGCCUGCGACCGGCUGAAGCUGGAGCGGAAGCAGCGGCGCAUGUGCCGCCGGGACCCGGGUGUGGCAGAGACGCUGGUGGAGGCCGUGAGCAUGAGUGCGCUUGAGUGCCAGUUCCAAUUCCGCUUUGAGCGCUGGAACUGCACGCUGGAGGGCCGCUACCGGGCCAGCCUGCUCAAGCGAGGCUUCAAGGAGACUGCCUUCCUCUAUGCCAUCUCCUCGGCUGGCCUGACGCACGCACUGGCCAAGGCAUGCAGCGCGGGCCGCAUGGAGCGCUGUACCUGCGAUGAGGCGCCCGACCUGGAGAACCGUGAGGCCUGGCAGUGGGGGGGCUGCGGAGACAACCUCAAGUACAGCAGCAAGUUCGUCAAGGAGUUCCUGGGCAGACGGUCAAGCAAGGAUCUGCGAGCCCGUGUGGACUUCCACAACAACCUCGUGGGUGUGAAGGUGAUCAAGGCUGGGGUGGAGACCACCUGCAAGUGCCACGGCGUGUCAGGCUCAUGCACGGUGCGGACCUGCUGGCGGCAGCUGGCGCCCUUCCAUGAGGUGGGCAAGCACCUGAAGCACAAGUACGAGACAGCACUCAAGGUGGGCAGCACCACCAACGAAGCGGCAGGCGAGGCAGGUGCCAUUUCCCCACCACGGGGCCGUGCCUCGGGGGUGGGCGGCAGUGACCCGCUACCCCGCACUCCAGAGCUGGUGCACCUGGACGACUCGCCUAGCUUCUGCCUGGCCGGCCGCUUCUCCCCGGGCACCGCUGGCCGUAGGUGCCACCGUGAGAAGAACUGCGAGAGCAUCUGCUGUGGCCGUGGCCAUAACACACAGAGCCGGGUGGUGACGAGGCCCUGCCAGUGCCAGGUGCGUUGGUGCUGCUAUGUGGAGUGCAGGCAGUGCACACAGCGUGAGGAGGUCUACACCUGCAAGGGCUGAGUUCCCAGGCCCUGCCAGCCCUGCUGCACAGGGUGCAGGCAUUGCACACGGUGU